AGCCACCUGCUGCUCUCUCCUUUCAUAGGUUUAAGAGGAGCCCUGGUGAGCUCCUUGGACUCCUGUGAACAUCAGCAAGUAUAUUCUGGAAGGUAAGAGGCAAGGACUGUCACACUAAUUUUUACCUCCAUAGAAGCAAACUAGCCUUCACCGCACAGACUCACAACAUUGGAGGAAACUUCCCCAAGCAGCCAAGAAGCUAGCAAAGAGAGCCUACUCCGCUUCUCCGCUGGGUGAGGCUGGAUGGUCCUCACCCCUGAAGAUGAUUUCAUGGAGGAAGCUCUGUUGGCGUUAUCAUGUGUGGACCCUGGGCUGCUACAUGCUGCUGGCCGUCAUUGCCCUGAAGCUGUCCCUCAGACUGAGGUGUCUGGACUCUGAGGAAUAUCAAACCCAGUACUGCAGGGAUUUCCUGUACAAGACCCUGAAGCUGCCAGCAAAGAGGUCCAUCAACUGUUCAGGGGUCACUCGAGGGGAGCAGACAGCAGUGAUCCAGGCUCUGCUGAAUAACCUGGAGAUCAAGAGGAAACGGCAGCCCUUCACAGAGGCCGACUACCUUAGCAUGACGGCCGACUGUGAGCACUUCAAAACCCAGAGGAAGUUCAUAGAGUUCCCGCUGAGCAAAGAAGAGGCCGACUUCCCCAUUGCAUACUCCAUGGUGGUUCAUGAGAAGAUUGAGAACUUUGAAAGGCUGCUGCGAGCUGUGUACACCCCUCAGAACAUAUACUGUGUCCAUGUGGACCAGAAGUCUCCAGAAACCUUCAAGCAGGCAGUCAGGGCCAUUGCCUCAUGCUUCCCGAAUGUCUUCUUAGCUCGUAAGUUGGUAUCAGUGGUGUAUGCUUCCUGGUCCAGGGUGCAGGCUGACCUGAACUGCAUGGAAGACUUGAUCCAGAGCCCCGUGCCAUGGAAAUACUUCCUGAACACCUGCGGGACAGACUUUCCCAUCAAGACCAAUGCUGAGAUGGUCCAGGCCCUCAAGCUAUUGAAUGGGCAGAACAGUAUGGAGUCAGAGGUACCGCCUACACACAAAACAUCCCGCUGGAAAUAUCACUAUGAGGUGAGGGACACAUUGCACAUAACCGGCAAGAGGAAGACCCCUCCCCCGAAUAACAUGACCAUGUUCACUGGGAAUGCCUACAUGGUGGCCUCUCGGGACUUCAUCGAACAUGUAUUAAGCGACUCCAAAGCCCAACAGCUGAUCGAAUGGGUAAAAGACACCUAUAGCCCCGAUGAGCACCUUUGGGCCACCCUCCAGCGUGCCCCAUGGAUGCCUGGAUCGGCUCCCUUGCACCGCAAGUUUGACCUCUCAGACAUGAGGUCUAUCGCGAGGCUAACCAAGUGGCAGGACCACGAGGGAGACAUCGAGGCCGGGGCACCUUACACACCGUGCUCAGGGAUGCACCAGCGGGCUGUCUGUAUUUAUGGGUCUGGAGACCUGCACUGGAUACUUCAGAACCAACACCUCUUGGCCAACAAGUUUGACCCAAAGGUGGAUGAUAAUGUUCUUCAGUGUCUAGAAGAAUAUUUACGUCACAAGGCCAUCUAUGGGACUGAACUGUGAGACACCCUGGAAGACAAUUGCUACCUGUGUGACAGGGAGUCGCCAGGACCUACUGGGGCAAUGCGGGGUGGGCAUCUGGGGAACUGUCCUUUAGGAUGGGGGCUGCUAUUGAAGAGUGGGUGAGUAGACCCUUACCCCUUGUGAGCUGCUGCUGGUGAAUGUGGCUAGUCUCCGGUUCUCAACCCAGCAGCCCCCCUUUGGCACCCUCGCAGGGCAAGAACAAGAAAUACUGUUAUUUGGGAGAAUAGGGAGGGGACAUGUGACUCUAGAUUCUGGCUGAAGGCUUCCUGUCAGGUUCUCCCAGAGACUCUGUUUAAAUACUCCCGGGACUGGUCACAGGGGGGCAACUUUAGUGGAAAAAGCCUUCCCUUUUAUACAGUUAAUUUAAAAUAAAUAGCUUCCAAACCAAAGUCCUACCCCUACAGUGUUGUCUAUGGGCCCAGAAAUAAUCUACACAGAUGAACUGUAUGAGGUUUGUAUGUUGGACAGUUAGUCUCUAGUGCUGGCAAGAAAGUCUCCAUGGCAAGCUGUGUAGAUGGCAAACUGAAUCACAGAGCUAAUGCUCUCAUUACUGAAAGCCUUCUUAGUUUUGUUUAUGUUGGUAGAUUCUGAGUUUUCCACAAGGGGAAGGGACAGAGUGAUUUAACUAGUUUGCUGAGUAUGUGCUUAGAAGAAAAGUAUGGAAGCUUCCUGGCCAAAGCUUCCGAUCCCAUACCAGCAACCGUUUCACUGAAGCUCAUUUUGGUAGGGAUGGAGGCGGCACUGCUAAUAAUUAGGCUGGGGAGUGAAAGUAAACUGUAUUGCUAACCCAAGAUGCCUGAGACUUCUGUGUUUAAACCUCUUGAAUCAAAGCUUCAUUUCAUUAUUUGACUAUUAAGCUCACUAUUUGUGACUCUGUAGAUGGUACAUUUCUCUGUGGGACACAUUAAUGUAUGUAAAUGUGUAUGUAUAAAUGCUAAAAUAUGCAAAUUUACAGGCACACAUUCCCCAUUGAAAUUGCUUCCCCUCUGAAGACCCAGAGCUAAUUGUUGGCCAGUAUGCAUUCUAUUCUGUAAUGAGCAAGGGGCACUAAAAACUAUAGGCAGAACCUUUGAAUAUGGCUUAGCAGACUGUGUAAACGUCCCAGAAGAAGGAUUUAUGUACAGAUUAACUUUGUGUAAUUUGAAUGAAGCUUUCAUCAACAUGUUUUAAUGUUAA